GGCCUCCUCUCUGCUCCCCGGCCUGUCAGUAGCAGCAGGCGUAUGGAAACGUAGGCAAGUGGAUCGGGUGAGGUCAUGUGUUUUUAAGGCGCUCAGCGGAAUCGAUCAUUGUUGACCGGCAUACACGCACAGUCCACUGCUGCGGAACGUUCGAGCUGCUCGUCGCUCCGCCAGGAUCCACCUUUCACGAACGAGAGAACAUUCUUGGAUGCACAGAGAGCAGUGAUUGAAGAUUUCGCCAUGAAUAAAAACAAGAAAGACAAAGAGUUCUACAGCAUCGACGUCGGAGACUCGACGUUCACGGUGUUAAAACGCUACCAGAACUUGAGACCCAUCGGAUCGGGCGCGCAGGGAAUUGUAUGCUCUGCUUACGAUCAAGUCCUUGAGAAAAAUGUAGCCAUCAAGAAGCUGAGCAGACCCUUUCAGAACCAGACACAUGCCAAGAGGGCGUUUAGAGAGCUUGUGCUCAUGAAAUGUGUCAAUCACAAAAACAUCAUCGGUCUGUUAAAUGUUUUUACACCCCAAAAAUCAUUAGAAGAAUUUCAAGAUGUUUACUUGGUAAUGGAGCUGAUGGACGCCAACCUGUGCCAGGUCAUUCAGAUGGAGCUGGACCACGAGAGACUGUCUUAUCUCCUCUAUCAGAUGCUGUGCGGUAUCAAACACCUCCAUGCUGCCGGCAUCAUUCACAGGGAUCUCAAGCCCAGCAACAUUGUGGUGAAGUCAGACUGCACAUUGAAGAUUUUGGACUUCGGCCUGGCUCGAACAGCUGCUACGGGUCUCCUCAUGACGCCUUACGUGGUGACGCGUUACUACAGAGCCCCCGAAGUCAUCCUGGGCAUGGGCUACCAAGCCAAUGUGGACAUUUGGUCUGUGGGCUGCAUACUGGCUGAAAUGGUUCGCCAUAAAAUCCUUUUCCCAGGACGGGAUUACAUUGACCAGUGGAACAAAGUCAUCGAGCAGCUAGGCACUCCGUCUCAGGACUUUCUCAUGAAACUGAACCAGUCAGUAAGAACGUACGUGGAAAACAGGCCACGCUACGCCGGAUACACCUUUGAGAAACUCUUCCCGGAUGUUCUUUUCCCGGCUGAUUCCGAUCACAACAAACUGAAAGCGAGCCAGGCGAGAGACCUUUUAUCUAAGAUGUUAGUGAUCGAUGCCUCUAAGCGCAUAUCUGUAGAUGAGGCCCUGCAGCACCCCUACAUCAACGUUUGGUACGACCCAGCUGAAGUGGAGGCGCCACCGCCCAAGGUCCUUGACAAACAGCUGGAUGAGCGGGAGCAUACUGUGGAGGAGUGGAAAGGGCUGAUCUAUAAGGAAGUGAGUGACUGGGAGGAGUGGUCAAAAAAUGGAGUGAUCCGAGGGCAGCCGUCUCCUCUAGGUGCAGCAGUGAUCGAUAGCCCCCCUCAACCUUCCUCCUCGUCCUCCUCCUCCUCAUCAGCCAACGAUGUCUCAUCCAUGUCCACGGAGCCCACCGACCCAAGCAACGACCCCACGGUGACCUCGGAAACAGACAGUAGUCUGGAUAGCCACACUUCCCUUGGUGCUCUGGCGUGUUGCAGAUAACAAAAAUACAAACGCAUACAUUUACUCGAACGUAACCUUUCAUCAGUGCACCUUAUCCAGUGUUUGAGAUGGGAGGCUUUCUAGGCUAAUGGAAGUUCUCAUGUUAGUUUGUAGAGCUACAAUUUCAAUGUACAGAUUGUUGUAAUUGCCCGAUACUACUGUAAAUGAUUGUGGUUUUAAAUUGGAUCAUUAUUAUUGUAUUUUUGCUGCAGAGAAUCAAGAGUAUGUUUUGAUGUGAACAUUAUGUUUGUAAUGAAAGGGCAGCGUUGGAAUUUCUGCAUUGAUGUUUUUUAGCUCCAGCGACACAGUGGGAUGGCACACUGCGAGCACUGCACUGUUAUUUAUUAAUAUAUUUUUCAAAUGCUGACUUGGCAUUUUGUAUUGUGUUUAUUUGGGGGUAGGGGUGGAGGGAGACAUUUGAAUGAAUCCGCUAUUAAGUAAAGAACUUUUUUUUGUUUUUUUUUUUUAUAGUGGAAAUUAAUGCAUACUUGCGUUUACACAUCUUCUCUCAGCUUAUCAUAUAACUUAAUUUCUUAACAGUUUUUUUUCCCCUUGCAUUCAUUUUUAGUUUUACUGCCGCAUACUGUAAAUUUUACACAUUUGCGUAUUCAACUGUAAUUUCUCAAAGAACAGGGUGAAUGUACGUCUCAUACAGGCCAACUCACUGGCUCCUAAAUUAGUGCGUGAUAAUGAAUUGAUGCAUUUUUUUUGGGACAAUGCUCAUGGAUGUCUGGUAUUUAAAAUAUAUUAUUUAAGUGCCCUUACUAAAUUCACAGAUUUUUUUUUUAAGUGCUCUCCAUGGCAGAGUUGAGUUCUACCUCUCUCACACACACACACACGUUUUUGGCGCUACAGUAUGCAUAUCACACAAAGCAAGGAAGAUUUCUCUUUUGUUCUGUACAUAUAUUAUUUAUUUAUUUAUUCCAAGUGCAAAUGCAUUUGUUGUAUGUAAUGUACAUGUAGCUCCAAAGUACUGUUUCUAAUGCAUUUUGUUUCCGAUAUUUCAUUGCAUUGUUUUCUGUGCAAUACGAUUGGUAGAUUAGAGUAGUCAAUGGGAUGUACAUUAUACUGUAGAUUUACUGUUUGUGUGGGAGUUAGCAAACAAGUCAUUUUCAGGCCCUUCACAGUUGUUCCCUUUAGAUGUGUUUGAUGACUCAAGGUUCCCAGUGUGUCGCGUAUUUAUAAUGAUCAUGUUCGGGCACCCCAAGCAGUAACUUUACUCUCUCCCAGAAUGCACUUGGAGAUUGUGAUGCAUGUCCUCACAUAUUCUGAGCCAUGUUGUCAGUGACUGUUUUUAGUGGGUUACCUUUCCCUAUCCUCCUCAAAUAUAAAGUACUCGUCACACUUUGGAUUAAAUGCAGAAAUAAAAGAAAAAGUCAUUCAGCGUUACUGGGAUGGCAAGUCGGUCUUCGGAUGGGCUGUAAAGCGCUGGAGACAACAUUUUAAACCUGAGUUUCUCUUUUUUUUUUCCAAAGGUUAAUUGUAUGGAGCUGUUAACAUACAAUACAAAAGCAAAACUCAAGCAAAUAAAAGAGUUGAAUUUGAA